CGCGGGCUGACAAUCCGGAGACGGUUUUAAUGUUGCUGUGUUUUCCCAAAAGAGAGUGCAAACUCGUCUCCGCGAGGGAAGAGGCGUGCGUUUAAACGUAGCUAAUAUAGACUCAGUCAGCACUGGAUAUUUUUGGGGGUGUAGCUGACUGGUCACCAUGGCGACAGACAUCGGCUCACCACCCCGGUUUUUCCACAUGCCUCGGUUCCAGCACCAGGCGCCGCGGCAGCUGUUCUACAAGCGGCCGGACUUCGCUCAGCAGCAGGCCAUGCAGCAGCUCACCUUCGAUGGCAAGCGCAUGAGGAAGGCAGUCAACCGCAAAACUAUCGACUACAACCCCUCAGUUAUCAGACACCUGGAGAAUCGUCUCUGGCAGCGUGAUCACAGAGAUCUCCGAGCUAUUCAACCAGAUGCAGGUUGCUUCAAUGAUCUGGUCCCCCCUGUUGGUAUGCUCAAUAACCCCAUGAAUGCGGUCACUACUAAGUUUGUCAGAACAUCCACCAAUAAAGUGAAGUGCCCUGUAUUUGUUGUGCGGUGGACCCCUGAAGGCAGACGGCUUGUAACAGGUGCCUCCAGUGGGGAAUUUACAUUGUGGAACGGCCUUACGUUCAACUUUGAGACCAUUUUGCAGGCUCAUGACAGUCCUGUCAGGGCAAUGACCUGGUCUCAUAACGACAUGUGGAUGUUGACUGCUGACCACGGAGGCUACGUGAAGUAUUGGCAGUCCAACAUGAACAACGUCAAGAUGUUCCAGGCUCACAAGGAGGCGAUUAGAGAGGCCAGUUUCUCUCCUACGGAUAAUAAAUUUGCCACUUGCUCUGAUGACGGAACUGUACGCAUCUGGGACUUUCUGCGCUGCCAUGAGGAAAGAAUUCUGAGAGGCCACGGAGCAGACGUGAAGUGUGUUGACUGGCACCCCACCAAGGGCUUGGUGGUGUCUGGCAGCAAAGACAGCCAGCAGCCCAUCAAGUUCUGGGACCCAAAGACUGGCCAGAGUCUAGCAACAUUACAUGCCCAUAAGAACACCGUAAUGGAGGUGAAGUGGAACCUCAACGGCAACUGGCUGCUGACGGCGUCACGUGACCACUUAUGCAAAUUGUUUGACAUCCGAAACCUGAAGGAAGAGCUGCAGGUUUUCAGAGGCCAUAAAAAGGAAGCUACGGCUGUCGCCUGGCACCCUGUCCACGAAGGCCUUUUUGCCAGCGGAGGCUCUGAUGGAUCACUGCUGUUCUGGCAUGCAGGGGUGGAGAAGGAGGUGGGUGGUAUGGAGAUGGCACAUGAGGGCAUGAUCUGGAGUUUAGCUUGGCACCCUCUCGGCCACAUCUUGUGCUCAGGGUCCAAUGAUCACACCAGCAAAUUUUGGACAAGGAACCGACCAGGUGACAAGAUGCGUGACCGAUACAACCUGAAUCUGCUACCAGGAAUGUCAGAGGAUGGUGUCGAGUAUGAUGAUGUGGAGCCCAACAGUCUUGCAGCCAUUCCUGGCAUGGGGAUCCCAGAGCAGCUGAAAGCAGCCAUGGAGCAGGAACAAACAAAUAAAGAGGCCGCACCAGAGGCUGAGAUGAGCAUCCCAGGGCUUGACUGGGGAAUGGAUGAGGUCAUGCAAAAAGACCAGAAGAAACCUCCAACGAAAAAAGUUCCCUAUGCAAAACCUAUUCCUGCACAGUUUCAACAGGCCUGGGCAGAGAACAAGGUACCAGCUAUGGCUCCUGGUGAGAUGCCCAAAGAGAGGAAGGAUGAGAAGGUGGACGGCAAGAAGAAGACUCAAGCUGAAAUAGAGCAAGAGAUGGCUGCGCUGCAGUAUACGAAUCCCAUGCUGCUGGAGCAACUAAAGAUUGAACGAAUGGCUCAGCUCCAAGAGCAGGGUGUUCCGCAAUCUGCGAGCCAGCCAGGAGCCAUGCCCCCAUUCCCUGGCCAGGGUGGUCCUAUGCCACCCCCUCCGCAAGGCUUCCCUCAGGCCAUGCCACCUGAGCAGAUGCCAUCCCAUAACAUGCCUCCGAUGGGUCCAGGUGGAAUGCCUGGUCCCUUCAUUCCUCCAGGCCAGAUAGGUCCUCCUGGGCCUCCACCUCAUCAAGGUCCUCCACAGGGCAUGAUGGGCCACCCUGACCUACACGGACCCCCACGUCAUCCCGGACCUCACAGAAACAUGGGUCCCCAAGCCCCUCAUGGUAUGCCACCAGGACCGAGGGGUAUGCAGGGACCUCCUCAAGGCGGGAUGCCCCCAGGGCCCGGGGUUCCUGCAGGUGGCAUGAUGGGACCGCGGGGUCAAGGACCACCACAGGGAGGCAUGAUGCAUCAGGACAUGAGGGGCCCUGCACCCCAUGGUAAUAUGAUGGGCCCUCAGGGGCCCAUGCAAGGAGGCAUGAUGGGACCUCCACCCAGAACUCAUGGCAUGGGGAACAUGCAUGGAAUGGGACCUCCUCCUGGAGGAAUGCAUGGGCCCCCAAACAAUAUGCAAGGGCCCCCAGGUAACAUGCAGGGCCCUCCUCUUCCAUAUAUGCAGCAGGGCAAGCCGCCGCACAUGGCUGAUGGAAACAGAGGACAGUUCAAUCAGGGACAGAAUUCUGGCCCUCAGUCGAUGAUGCAUGGAAUGGGCCAACAAGGUCCUGGAGGCAAAGAUGGGCCUCGAGGACCACCAAACCACCACAUGGGACCUCCCCAAGACCGACAGGGCCCUGGGGGCCCAGGUGGACAGGGCCAAGGCUCGGACGGAGGCGGCCAGUACUGGGGUGAGGAGGGGGGCUUCCAGGAGAACUGGAGGAGAGGGCCUGGUGGGCCGGGACAGGACUACCACGGGGACCCCAGGGGCCACCGUGGAGGCUCAGGAGGACAGUGGGAAAACCAGGAACGGUUCUCCUCGCAUGAUGGGGAAUAUGGUGGACAUGACAGAUAUGAUGGGUAUGAGGGUCCAGGGGAGGAGUUUGACCAGAGGCAGAGGCGGCCACCAGAUGACUCUUACAGGAGAGGUGGUCCAAGCAGUCGUGGAAGUAGAGGAGGCUACCAAGAGGAGUAUGGAGGAGAUGAAAGCUUCGAUUCUCAGGAUGAGAUGAGCCAAGGCUGGGGAAACGGAGGAGGAGGACGAGGGAGGCGUGGAGGACCACCACGAGGAGGUGGUGUAGGAAGAAAGGGGCUUCUGCCAACUCCUGAUGAUUAUGGCCCUCACUACGAAGGAGGAAGAAACCAAGAGGGUUGGGAGGGAGGGCGAGACCCAGGUCAUGAUGGCCAUUGGGACAGCCAGCGAAGUGACCACUCCAUGCAUGACGGUCAGUCUCCAGCCAGCAGGGAGCGCUCCUCUUCUUUGCAAGGGAUGGAUAUGGCUUCACUGCCGCCUCGUAAACGGCCCUGGCAUGAUGGGCCGGGCACUGGAGACAUGGACUCGCCCAGCGGUGGACCUGAUGAACGAGGAGCAGGUCGGCCACCACGAGAGGAUGGUGGUUAUGGCCCACCAUCGAGGGGGGGGAGAGGUGGGUGGGGUCGUGGUGGGCCCCCUAACGCAGGAGGUCCAGGUGGCAACCCAGGUCCAAAUACAAGGCGCGGGGGGGCUCGUGGUGCACUGAGAGGGGGUCGGGGUCGGUAGAAGUUACACAUGCUCCCCCCGCCCUCAAAGGACUGUAGGGGGACACUGUGGAUUACAACGAGGACGGAGACCAAAGGAGACACAAGCAGCCGCUCUAGCAUCUCUGGCUGUUCACUGGGUUGUCGUGAAUGUCUCGGCACCACCUGGAACAUCUGGAUCCUCGUUGUCCAAUUUAUCCAGAGGCUUUUGUGACUCGGCCUCUUUGUGCUGAUUGGUUGGCGCAGACGGUAUUGGGAACAUUUUCAUUGGUUGAGGCCCAUAAACUACGGCUUCUUUCACAGCUAUUGCACAAGCUGACUGGAUUAAUUUGAUCUUGGACACUUAAUGUGCAUCACUGAUUAAAAAAAAAAAAAAAAACAGACUGGUUCACACCUCUUGACCUGUUGCGCAUGGAUUAUAUUCCUUUUUGGGGCCGUCAAAUAGUCUCUACCCAGAAUGUUCCUCCAGUGCACCGUACCAGCCAGACCCCAAGCUAAUGCAGCAAUGCAUUUGCUCUGCUACCCAUCUCCCAUCAAAGCUUUAAGGAGCACUCUGACCAUGUGCGCUGCUGAAGCCCUCACCUCUAAAAACUCCCAUUUUCCAAACCAGUGACUGAAAUAAAUGAAAACUGGACUUUUUAAACAUUUAGUUCUUCACAUGCUGAGCUCCUCUUGUUUAAUUUCAUUUUAUGUAAAAUAAUGAAAAUAAUUCUGUAACAUUUACGGGGCAUCUCCUGCGUGAAGAGGCUGCCUACUUUGUGUACAUUUUGUCAAAAGAUUGUCAUUGUUUUGUCUGUUUUUGUAUGAGACUACAAUAGAAGUUGUGCAAGAUUUGUAACAAAGCAUCCGUUUUGUCAUUUCUUUGGUUUCAAACAGUUCAGACCAAAUCUGUUUUUCAGUCCAAAGAAGAGUUUACGUUACAAUAUUGCGAACAUUUGAGUCGAGAAAUUGAUCCCUUAUUUGCUAUUCAUUUAUAUUAAAUAAUCUGCCCGAA